ACCCAACAAUUCCUUCGCACAAUUCUCCUACUCACUAUAGCGUGACCAUCAAUGCUAGGGCGACUCUGGUCGAUUUACUUCGUUGUUGCUCACUUCACCAACGCCCGAACGACUGGCUUCCCAGCCACUUGUUCAAGCGACUGGUCAGUGGACCGUAGAGAACAUGUGGUUCGCUGCCCGAACGUAGAAUCUGAGACUCCAAUCAAAUGCGCCCCUUCGACCUGCUCUGAUUUCCCCACCUGCAGCAGCUGCGUCAAUGUGGCCUCUCAAGAGCGGCGUGAUAGAAUGACUUGUCAAAAAGGUUAUAACGUCAUCGACACUGGUAGCUCGAGCUUCACCAUGUGCAUCGAUGAAGAUGAGAGUGCUUUUGAAUGCACUGGUGGUUGCGAAGGCACUUUAACUUGCGACAGUUGCGCUUUCGAUGUGAACCCAUUUCACAUGCAACAGCUCCAAAAAAGAGCCAAUCCCAUGGUGAAUGGAAUGGUUGGGGGUGCACCCGGUCGCGGGGGGUUUGGUCCGAGUGGUCUAGAUUGGUGAAAGUUUUCUUGCCACCGACCACCCGUCAGCUGUACCAGUUGUUUUGUCCUCUAUCAUCCAUAUCAUUUGUUGACUCGACUGGAUAAGAUCACAUCUUUAUUUGCUUUAUGGAUCACAUGGCACCAAAUUGGCAUCUCCUUUGGCUCAAAUCCUAUAAACGUGGUUUUUCUCCUCAUUUCUGUAGUUUAAUUUCAAUUGUGACCCAAGCCGCAGACAAUUUAAGACACUGUUAUGAUAUACCACCACAUGCUCCUUAUCACUGCAGACUUCGUCUCUAAAGCUUUGCCGGUUACAUAACGACCCUCGGAAAGAUUCACAAGCGAGCGCCAUGUCUUUUAAAAUUAUUCCAUUACAUUUUUUUUUGGGGGGGAGGGGAUCUUGAUCGAUCUCACCGUAGAUUCUCCAUCUCUUCAGCUAGAUUUUUUUUGUUUGAAUUACUGAUCAAACGCACUUAUAAUUCUAUAAUAUCAGUCUUCCUACCUUUUUCCGUUCUGUAAA